AUUGCAUCCUGAAGCUGCGACUCAAGUUUAUCGGCCCAUGCCUUCCCUUCGAUUGCCGCUCUCCCAGAAGUUUCUCAACUGUAUCAUUUGGUAUUCUCACAGUUCUAUUACUCUUCCUCUUCACGAUGCCUUCGCAAGCAUCACCACUGGACCAGAUCACCCUCAUUGGCUCAUUGAAAGCCAAGAAGGUACCCCACAAACUCGCCAUUCUCCCCAACCUCCCGGACUACAGAACUUACAAUAUACGCCUCCCUUACAAACCUGCCAUCAUUGUCCUCCCAGAGAACGAAUUCCACAUACAGGCCGCUGUCCUCUGCGCAUCCAAGCACGGCAUCAAGGUUCAGGCCAAGUCAGGUGGCCACUCGUACGCCUCUUUUAGCAAUGGCGGCGUCGAUGGUGCUAUGAUGAUCGACCUGCAGAAUCUACAGAACAUAAAACUCGACACCACGCUGGAUAUUGCGAAGGUCGGUGGUGGUGUACGUCUGGGUAACCUGGCGUUGGGCCUUUACGAGCAGGGAAAGACUGCUGUGUCUCAUGGAACAUGCGCUGGGGUGGGGAUUGGCGGACAUUUCACCCACGGCGGGUAUGGCUUCUCUUCGCGGGCUUGGGGCCUGGCUAUGGAUCAUAUCGUCGGUUUGGACGUAGUCCUAGCCGAUGGAAGUUUUGUUCGAGCGAACAAGGACAACAAUCAAGACAUUUACUGGGGAAUGCGCGGAGCCGCCGACUCUCUGGGAAUAGUCGUCAAUUUCUACCUGGAAACACACCAAGCCCCCGAAACGGUCGUCAACUGGCACUUCGAUAUCCCAGACGUCGCCAAAAGCCUCGAGGGCUACAUCCUGGCCUUCGAACACGUGCAGAGCUUCUCACAAAACAGCUCCAUUGUCGAUAGAAAUAUAGGAUUCGGCAUGAACAUCGGAGCGAGAGGCUUCUGUGUCUCAGGCACGUACUUCGGUACUAUGGAGAAGUUCAACGCCGUCAUUGUGCCAGAGCUGCUCCGAGGGCUGCCCAAGCCCGCCAGAACAGACAUCAAGGAAACCGACUGGCUCACCUCGCUCAAGAUGCUCAACAGCGGUAAUUCCCUCAAUAUCACCAAUCCGUACACAGAGCGCAGCAACUUCUUCGCCAAGAGCGUCACGGUACCCGAGCCGGGCAUGUCGCGACAAGCGCUCGAGAGCUACUUGACUUACGUGCUAGAAAAGGGAGCGAAUGCGCCAGUCCACUGGUUCGCCCUCGUCGAUUUGUACGGUGGCGUGGACAGUCAGAUCAAUAUCAAGGACGAAAAGUUCGCCGCUUUCCAGCACCGCGGCGAUUUGUGGGUGGCUCAGCAUUAUGGCUACAUCGAUGAUGAGGCCAAUUUCCCGGACGAGGGGAUCGAGUUCAUCAAUGGGCUGAACGAGGCCAUGGUCAAGGGGCUACCGAAGUACGGUGCGUACGAAAACUAUGUCGACCCCAGCUUGACCAGAAAGGAGGCGCAUGAGCUUUACUAUGGCCCGACAAUCACGGAGAGACUGAAGGGUAUCAAGGAGAAGAUCGACCCAAGGAAUAUCUUUGCUAACCCGCAAUCGAUUUGA